GAAAAACGUCAAAACCAGCUCCCAGGAAUCCAGGAUCUGCGCAAACGGGCAAAACCCCAAACGAGUGACGCCGUCGACUUCAGUCUUCAGUCUCUGGCUUUCUGCGACUCUCACCUGCCGCCUGCCGGACGGCCACUGGACGGUGCACGGUGCGCCGGUGGCCCGGUGCUGCACCGCCUGCCCGCCUGCACUGCUGAGUCUGCUGUCUGCUGGCUGCUGCGGUCUGCGGUCUGCCUAACUCGAGAACAGCUGAACAGGAGAAGACCGAGAAGUAGCUCUGCAGCUCUCGCCUCUGCUUGACUAGUUGACUGCUUCAGGUCGCCCCGUACGUAAAGGACCAACUCUUACUAAUUUGCAUCACUAUCGCUAUGAUCUAUUUUUGUGCUGUGAUUGAUUUGCAACUGCAAGAGUUGGGACUAACCAGUCUUCAGACUUCAGUGGAACGAACAAAGGAGCAGGCCCAAAUGCCAACGUCGCUGACUCGAUCGUUGACCACUAACCAGUCUAACCGCCCUACCACCGACGCUUGGCCGGCCGCCCUCCCUCCCCCUUCUCGGCUUCACAGUCCAGGUGUCCAAGUUUCCCGACGGACCCAACAGGCAGCAGCCUGCCAGCCUCACUCCUCACUUCCUCAGCCUUCUGCCUUCUGGUGCGCUGUGCUUACCUUCAGGCUCUCACAUAGUUCACUCCUUCGCCGGAAUCACGGCUUCACCUAUCUGCCUUCAGAGGAUCCCCACCAUCCCAACAAGAGAUCGAAGAUCUUGAGAGACGCUGCCAUGGCAUUCCUUUAAAAAUAUGUAACAUUGAGCAUGGGCGUGUCAGUUUCUUCUCCUUUGACAGAGUGGAGCUUCCUGCACUUCCUUGACAUGUUUGCUGUGAUGGUGGAGAUCUGUGUUUUGAGAUGAAAGCACCAGUGAGCGUGGAGAGUAUUUACUCUCCAAAGCUACCAUCUUCUUGAAUAUCAAAGCUAUCAUCAGUAAAAGGCAACCAUCUAGGGUGUUCUGUCGGAGACCAGGCCAGUCCAGAACCCAAAAUCUUGAAUCACAGCAUGGACUGAAGAAUACCCAGUCCUGAUAUCCUGGACAGGACAGGGUUGAAUAAAACCUUGACCGUUAUUAAAUUUAUGGACAAAACAUGAAUAAAGUUACUGUGUGUAUACCGUUAGGGAAAAAAAUAAAAAGAAAACAAAACGUUAGAAUUACUAUAAUGUAAAAUUGAACAUAAUCAUGUUGUAAAAUUACUAUUAUAGAUAUUAAAAUGGACAAAGUCAUGUUUUUAUCCAC